AUGAAGAAGACUUGCCGAAAGCGCGGUGACCAGGCGGGUCUUGCAUUCUGGUCCCAUGCACUCAAUCUCACAGAAAUCCUUGGGGAUCACGGCCAGUCCGACGAGGAAGAUGCAACUAUUGAGGUGGAAAUUGAGGGUGUAAUGAUGAAGCAAAGUGUGAAGAAGGUCUCCAGACUGUAUUGGCGGGAACCUGGCAUCGAGGAAUGUUACAAGAUCGUGGACUGCGCUCCUGGAGUGGAGGCGGCGAUAUUUCACCGAGCAGGUGCCCCUCGUAUGCAAAGGAUUCGUACCGACAAAGUUUCCCAUAGACUUCCACCUGCUGGCCUUCCACGAUCCGUCUUCCGUCCAGAAUAUCUUUCUGCUCUGCUACCAUUCGAGUUCGCUGAGCUCAAGCUCGCAGAUUACACAUUCCAGAUGUAUGAUUUCAAAGGGUACAAUGCUAAUGCAGAAAGUGGAGACGACAGGAAUGCUAUGGACAUAAAUUGA